AUGGCAUCAAUACAUACCUUGUAUAAAGAAUCUACUGAUACCAAAAAUUUUCAAGGGCGUGGAUAUAAAUUAAAUAGUACUAGAGAACGUGAGCUUGAAUCUCAAUGUAAUGAGUUACUUCUUGAAACAGAAUUUUUUGCUAAUAAAUGUUCCGAAUUUAGAAAUGCUAAAGCUCUUGCAGAAGCACGAUCUGAUGUCAAGUCAAAAUCCCUCCCGCAAAACGAAGUGGUGCUAACGAAAGCAUCAAAACGGAAUUUACGAAGGAAGGAGCAACGACGUAUAAAGAAGGCAAGGCUUCAGGGACCAGUUAACCAAUCAAUUGACGAAAAACCCACACCCGAUUCCGACGAUGAGCAAGACACCACACCCAACGACGACCAAGACGACCGAGACAAACGACUGAAUAUAUUCUAUGACGAAAAAAAACACAAAACCCAAUUGGAGACGCGUCUAUCUACAGAAGAUCAAUCGCGAGAAUAUAUUCGUUCCCUAUGGAUAUCCGAGGAUUUCUUAGCUACCGAUCUUAAAUCUACCAAUAUCUAUCAACCUACCAAUAUUAUAUCACCCAAAUUUACAUUUCUGGAGAAGUUCCUCGAGAAGAGAUCGCAAAGACAGAUUGUUAGAAAGUUAGUUAAUCAAAGCCUGCUCACUCCGGAUACUGUAAAGCAUAACACUUAUACACUUAAUUUUGGCGCACUUUCUAUCUCCCAGUUGGAUAUACUUUCAGAUGCUAUUUACGGCGAACUAUAUAAAAAUGGUGUUAGCGAAAAAUCUUUACUACCUCAAAGUAGUCAAUCGAUAUCAACCACCUUCGUAAUACCUGUGGAUUUUAUGCAUCUUCUGGAGACAGAAAUUUUUGGUAAUAACAAUUCUGCCGAUUCUACGUCCACGAUUUUUGGCGAUGCCAGCUCUGCCGAUUUAGAGCGAAAAAAAAUAUGGGGAGACUUCGCACUUAAGCAUGGAUAUGAAUACGAAGAAGCUCAAAAUAAACCACUAGAAGAUCAUAAUAUUCGUGAAGUAUUUCAACAGAAUCCGAAGGAUAAACUCUACAUAGCACAUGAAACAACAAAAAAGGUCGCGCACGGCAUCGAUCUUGAAUGUUAUCUCCACAUCUUUAAUCCGAGAUGCUUCAAGAAUGCUUUUGGGGAAACUGUCGUGGACUUCUUCGAUCUCGCCAAUCCUCUAGUUGCAAAAAAUGCACAAAUUGUAAUUAACCAUUAUUAUAAUCACACCCUUAAUCACCCCUCCCAUCAGUCUAAACAAUUCGCCAAAAAUAUGAUAGAACAUUUUUGUGGGUUUACCGAUAGUAAUAACGUGCCUUACACUACUGCCAAUACUGCCUCUAGUCAUUUCCGAGAACAUCUCACCUCCAAGAUGAAGAAUCUCAACCUCGGGCCAAACGUUCCUAAAUCAUUCGGUGCUUUUCCUACCGUUGGUAUCAACUAUAACACGAUCUCCCAGUUUCAUAGGGACCUAAAAGAUCAUCGAAAUACACUCUGCGUCGUUUGUCCCCUCGGUAUAUUCGAAGGAGGAGAAUUAACUUUUCCCGAAUUAAAAUUGUCUAUUCAUGCUAAGGAAGGUCAUGGAAUAGCUUUUCGAUCUAACCUUUUAAUUCACGGAAACCUUCCGAUAAUCACAGGGACCCGACAUAGUGUCUUAGAUAUGAAUCGUGGUGAUGACUCACGGAGUGGGGAUACUAACGCAUCUAAAGACGAGUCACCACCAAAAUACUCUCCUCCCAAGUUAUGCCCCGAAAAUUAUCAGAUAAAAUUGAAAAAUUCGAGGCGAGAUAACCUGGAUCUCGAACCCCCAAGAAAUGGCCAACCGGCUCAAUACAAAAAAUUGGCAAACCCGAAAUGA